UCGAAAGUAGUAAAGUAACAGUAGCACACAACGCCGGCUGAGCUCCACCGAGCGUCUCUCCCGCCCGACCCGGCAGUCGGCAGAGAUCCCCUCCUCCUACUCCUCCUACUCCUCACAGUGCUGCAGAUCAGAGCUCUCUCGACCCGAUCAAGCGGCGGCAGAGCUCCCUCGAACCCUCCAGAGCAGAGCUCGCCCGGUUGUCCUUUCAGAGCAGAGCAGAGCUCCCUCCCAUCUACUUCGGCGUUCCCCUAUCAUAUUCAUGGGUUGCCGAUCACAGCCCUGAUAAGAAAACCCCAACUGCUUUUCGCUUCUUCUCUCUCCUCUCUCACUCGGUCUCAGCGCAGCGGUCUUUGAUCAGAGACCGCACCUCCUCCGUCCCUGCAGCUGUUGCCGGGUCGAAAUCAAAGAGUGAUUUGAAUUGGUUUGCUGCGGAAGACAACUGCUUUGCUGAUAAGUUUCUAUAUUUUAGUCCGACCGCAAUGGAUCUUUCACCAUUCGAGAAGGACAUUGACGAGCUCAUCGAUGAGUUCUCCCAGGGAGAAUCGACCUCGUUUGCCGAGAUGAAGAGGGUGUGGGCGUCUAGAAAGUUCACCUACAUCUAUGAGGCUGCUCCCACUCCCAGCCCUUAUUCUUCCUCCAACUUGGCCUUCUUCAUGCAGUCCUUGUUUGCUCACUCUCUUGGUCAUAUGGUCGGCUCAGGUUCUUUGUCCCGCAGGCUUGGUGGACUCUAUUGCCUUUACUGUCUCCAUGAGACUCAACCUUUUAAGCCUCCUUUCAGAAUCUAUCUCUCUCUAAGAGAGCUCAAAAAUAUCAAGGACCUUAUUGUUGCUUCGAAGGAAAGGGGAAUAACGGUCGUGCCGCCUCUGGUUAAGAGGAUGCUGGAAAGAAACAUGUUUCUGUUUGGGGCAUUGGACGUGAAUGAAGCCUCUGUCUUAGAAAGGGUGAACCAGUUAAUGGAACUGCAGAAUGCACGUGUUGAACUUGCUUACAAGAAGUUGUUUGCUAAUACCCGGAUCGAGCACUUUCUCCACAUGGACUUGGGUGUAGAAAUUGACAUGGAUAUUAUCAAGAAAAUGUCAUCAGAAUAUGCUGAAGCCAAGAAACUAGCCAUUCAAGAGGCUAGAACUGAGGUGGAUGUUCAAAACAUCGAACAUAUAAUAGAAGACAAGAAAUCAAUCGGGGAUGUAGUAGAGGGCAUUGCUGAUGAGUGGAAUACCGAGAGGAAGGCUUUUUAUCAACAGACAGGGCUCAGCCUCCAGCAUUCUUCCGAGGAGGGACAUCUGCUACAGCCGCCUCCUGAACGAGAAGAUGAUGAAGACUUUGAGCACAAGUUAGAAGAGAUCCUUUCUGAACCGAACUAGAGCAAAUGGCUGGGCUGAAAAUCGAGAUCCGUAUCAUCAUUGGAGGAUAAGAUAUUUGCUGAUUCAGGCUGCCGGAACUUAAGCAUGAUUUGAACGAUGGAACGGUUUUUUGUAUAUACACAGGAAGUGGGUGUUUUUGUCAUAGAUCUCUUGGGCAAUGAGAUGAUCAUUAUUAUUUGUUCAAUCUUUAAGGGGGCGUUUGGUUUCAGAGUUAAAGUAACUUUAAUUUUGAUUUUGAUUUUGAUUGUGGAAAAAGACAAAUGAGAUGGUAUUAUAAAUUUGACUUGGGAAA